AUGACAUAUUGCCAAUGGAUUACUUUUACAAUUGCCUUAUUUACAUCCAUAGUAACAGGAACAAUGGGAAAUGGAUUCAUAGCACUGGUGAACAUCACGGACUGGGUCAAGAGAGGAAAGAUCUCUUCAGUGGAUCAGAUUCUCACUGCCCUGGCCUUUUCCAGACUCAGUCUGGUGUGGUCUGUGCUCAUUUGCAUAUUGACAUCCAUAUUGUGGCCACAUUUAUUUUUAAAUUUAGAAAUGCUCAUAGUGACUGAAAUUCUCUGGGUAGUGAAUAACCAUUUCAGCAUCUGGCUUGCCACAUGCCUCAGUGUCUUUUAUUUUCUCAAGGUAGCAAAUUUUUCUAACUCUUUUUUUCUUUACCUAAAGUGGAGAGUUAAAAAAGUGGUGUUAGUGACAUUGGCAGUAUCUCUGAUCCUUUUGAUUUUAAACAUUGUGAUUAGACUGGGAAGUAUUCAUUUAUGGAUUGAUUCACAUGAAGGAAAUAUUUUUGAUAGUUUGAGGAAUUUGACACAAUUUCCAAAAGUUCUCCCAGUCACCAACUCAUCCCAUGUUUUCUUACCCACAAAUUCAAUGUUCAUGUUCAUACCCUUCACUGUGUCCCUGGUAGCUUUUCUCCUGCUCAUCUUUUCCCUGUAUAAGCAUCUUAGGAAGAUGCAGGUCAAUGCCAAACGACCCAGAGAUGCUGGCACUAUGGCCCACAUGAAGGCCUUGAAAACUGGGUUCUCCUUCCUGAUGGUAUAUGCAAUAUAUUUAGUUUUUAUUGUCAUAGGAAUUUCGAGCUUUGGAUUGGUGGGAGAGAUAAUGAUCAUUAUGUUUGAUUACUCUUCUGGGUUAGCUUUCCCUACAAGCCACUCAUUUGUCUUGAUUCUGGGAAAUAGUAAGCUGAGACAAGCCACUCUUUCUGUGUUGUGGUGGCUGAGAUGUCAGUUCAAAGAUACUGACACCUUGGGUCACUAA